AUGGACAGUGAGCUCACUGAGACACUGCAGAUAUGUACAUGCGCUGUACAGCUUCAUGACAGUCUGUGUGACAUCGCUGUGAUCUCAGUCAGUGUCGUCCUGGCCGGUCUUCAGUCGGUUCCUCUUUUCCCACCCUCCUUUAUCGCUAUCCUCGCCCACCGUCCGCCCGCUAUCCCCAUCCACUCACACAUAUUUCCAUCGCAUCCAUCCUGUGCAUUCAUCCAUCUCAGCGUGACUCUGUUUAUUCCGCCCAUCAUGGCCUCCUCUUCUCCCCUGCGCAAAUCCACCGCCUCAUCCACUACAUCCAGUCCCGCCAAGAAUCCCAAUCCGCCAACAACAACCGCCGCCAAACGCCUUUCGAACAUGCAUCCGGCCAGGUCCAACUCGGUCAACACCCAUGGCUCUGCUGACGAACUCGAGCGCGAGCGGGCCAAGGUAUCGAGUCUCAAGGCGCUCAUCACCGCCGCCGAGGAGAAGGAAGCCGACGCGACCGCCGAAUGCGCUAACUGGCGCUCAAAAGCCGACCAACUCGCCAGUACUAUCGACAGGAUGGAAGCCGACUUGGUCGAGGCCCAGGAGAUUAAAACUCAGUAUGAGCGUACAACAAAGGAGCUGGAAAAGCUUAAAGCUGCCCACAAAGAACUCGAACGCACUCAAUUCCAACAGGCGGACGAAGCCGAAGCCAGUAAAGCUGCCUGGGCUGAAGAGGAAGCCAACCUACGAGCCCAGCUAUCGACCUCAAAUGCCCAGCUUGUCACGCUUCAGAAACAGUACGCCGAGACCACCAAAGCGGAUUCAGUACCUUCACAGCCCGUUUCACCUAUCAAGUCAGCUAUGCCGGCAGAACUUCCGAAUCGUCUGGAAGAAGAGCAUACAUCAGCAGCCCUUAAGGCUGAGCUUGAAGCCCUGAAGGCCCAACAGGCGGCCAACCAGACCUCGAUGGAGCAAGCUCUGGCCUCGGCUGAGACCCUGAAGACCCAGCUCGCGGAUCUAGAACGCGUCAAUGAACAACUAAUGGAUGAUAAUGAAUCCUACCAAUUCUUGGUUGGUGAACGGACCCUCAUGGGCGGAUUUGACAUCAAACAACUCCUGCGCGUAGACGAAAGCGAAUCCACCCCAGGACCUACCCCAGCUCCUCGUCGGACAAGUCCCUCAAGCUCAUCGACUCCAUCCCUUGAGGGUGUCGAGGAGGAAGAUGAAGACGCGGAAGAUGACGAAGAUGCGGAUGCAGCGAUCGAACGGGCCAUACUUGAGUCCCAUGGAGAUGGUACCCGGACCACUGGGGCUGUCGAAGCUGGCAUCUCGAAAACUACGAAACCUAAGCGAAUCCCCAACCGUAGAAACGAGCCCUCCGGGCUUGGAUUGGACCUUGCUGCUGAACUUGCACAGGCUGAGGAAACUGAAGUUCACCAAGGUCGUAAGGUCGAGCUUGAAGAGCGAAAGAAAGCGAAGAAAAUCAACAAGGAUAGAGACCAAGAAAUUAAAGCGCUCCAAGAUACCAAUAAGGCAUUGGUACUCUACAUCUCCAAGAUCCUCGAUCGUAUCUCAGCUCAUGAUGGAUUCGAAAAAGUGCUUUCGAGCGAUUACAACAGUCCAGCUCGACAGCGCACCCGAUCCGCGACAACCGCCCAUGCCACAUCCAGUGACUCUCAAAGUGCUAAAGGUGGUCUCUCAAACAAUGCUUCCACAGCCGCCAAUCCAGCAGCCAAACGAUCGAGCUGGCUACAGUAUUUUGGUAUGCGGUCGCCUCCAGCUGCAUCCAACAACAUCAAACCUCUCCGAUUGGGCACUGGUACAUCAGUCACUCCAGGUGCCUCGGCACCUUCAGCAGGGCUGAGUGGAGGCUGGGCGGGGGUUAAGGAACAACCCGAACCAGAGGAAGACGACGAUGAAGCACGUGCUCGCGAGCGUAGAAUAGCAGAGAUGAAGCUCCAUGGGACGUUCAAGGCAGACUCGACAUCACCAGCCGAGAGCGGGAAGCCUAAGGACGCGACGAUCCGAGCGAACCGACGCUCGUCGAGCAUGUAUGGACAUAGCCAAUCGGCGACAGCAGCGGUGGAAGAGAAGCGACGGAACUCGGGGGAGAUCGCUGGAGCGAGCAAGCUCUCGCUGUUGCCGAGCAUCGACUCCUCACUAGUCCCAUUGACCCCAGCCGGUCUACUAAAGCGGACCGAGGAGCGCGAGAAGGAGUCGAAGAUCAAUCUAGAGAAGGGCCAGGCCUCGGGGUUCACGGAGAUCGAGAUCAGGGGCCACCGCAUGCGGCCCUCCGUCGCCCGCCAAUCUACUACUCCCAACCACCCACUCUCUCCCGCCCAAUCCAACUUCUCUGUCAGCCCCGGUAGGAGCGCUUCUGGCCCGACUCCUGUCGUUCCCGCCCCCGCUCCAGGAGGGAUCAAAGGACUCAAAAUGACCGCCGACCUCAAUACCACUGCCGAGCCUGCUAGUGAAGGCUUGUUGGCUCGUACUGCAAGAAGGAUCUCGAUGAUGAGCGGUAGCAAAUAG